CAAAUACAGGUUCAAAACCUUAUACUUGACGUUCUCUUUUCCUCUCUUGUGGUUUCAAAAUCUGUGCGAAUGACAGAAAUUAGCCUGGGAAUCAUUGGAAACCUAGCUUGCCAUGAACUAUCCAGGAAGAUGAUUACUUCCACAAAUGGAUUGACUGAAGUAGUUUUGGAGCAGCUGUUUCUUGAUGACAUACCGUGCCUUUGUGAAACAUGCCGGGUAGUUACUUUAUGUCUUCAAGGGGAUGAGAGGGUUCUUUGGGCAGAGGCUUUGAGAUCUGAGCGUUUAUUAUCUCGAAUGCUAUGGAUUGUGGAAAAUACUUUAAACCUACAACUGAUUCAUAAGAGUGUUGGAUUGCUCCUAGCAGCUUUGCAAAGUAAGCAAGUCGCUGUGAUUCUUCAACCACCAUUAAUGAAGUUGGGUCUCCUGCGUCUUUUGGUUGACCUCUUUUCCUUUGAGAUGCACAAAUUAAGGGAAGAGCGAUUGCCUGAAAGGUACUAUAUUCUUGAUUUGGUACUUCAGACCAUUGAGGCUCUUUCUGUCAUGGAUGAAUCUUCACAAGAAAUCUGCGCAGAUAAAGAACUUUUUGUACUACUUACCGACCUAAUCAAAGUGCCUGAAAAAAUUGAGGUUGCUGAUUCUUGUGUUACUGCAGCUGUUUUGAUAGCAAAUAUUCUAACAGAUGCAGCUGAUCUAACUCUAGAAAUAUCACAAGACCUUUUGUUCUUGCAGGGUCUAUUUAGGAUAUUCCCUUUUGCCUCAGCGGAUGCAGAAGCAAAGAGUGCUCUUUGGAGCAUCAUUGCAAGAUUUUUGGCUCAAGUGUUAAAACUUGAAGUGAGCCCUCUGCAGCUACACCAAUAUGUCUCAGUAUUCACAAGUGAGUCAGAAGUGAUUGAGGAAGAACUUCUCGAUGAUCACUCCCCUGAAGAACAUGGGAGCCCUGCUACCCUUUCAAGAUUAGUUGCUAGAAAUGCAGCUCUCAACUCGAUUGUACAGAUUUUAAAUCAAUGGAUGAGUGUAGAGGACAGAAUAAAGGAGUCUGCUGCUAUGGGGAAAUUCCAUGUUGACAAAGAUGAUGCUCACAAGCUGCUGCGCUGUUGUGAACAAUAUACCAAGCGAGACUAAACCGUGUGCGUGCACGGAUGGGUGGGGAAAUUGCUCACAAGUUGCUGUGCUGUUGUGAACAAUAUAUCAAGUGAGACUAAACCGUGUGCGUGCGCGGAUAGGUGGGGAAAUUGCUCACAAAGUUAUAGUCUUGAAACAUGACAUGCCAGAGAUGUGUCAUUAAGACUACUUAGAAGAAGACUCAUAUCCUUUAAAUGACUUACAAUCAUCCUUGGACUGUAUGGGAAAAUUUUAUCCCUUCUAUUUUUUCUAUGGUUUUCAAGGGCAAUUGAGGUGGUCCACUUCAAGCCAGUGAGGCUUAAAGGUGGUUGGUUUAAGCCUCAAAGGCUUAAGCCUUAUGUUGGUAUCUCGAGGCUUACGCGUUCUAGACUUAAACGAUGCUUAAGCUUUGGACUUUUAUCAUGAUUGUGAUUGUAUGAAAGUUCUUAGAAUCUAUUGGACUUGGACAUGUGUAUUGGCUUUGUUUGGCAUUAAUUUUAGCAGUUAGCUAUAGUGUUUUG